AUGGCAACCGACAUCAAAAUGAACAUUGAUUCAAAGGUGGACCAUGAAGAACAUUUCGGCGACGAAACUCAAUCCAAGGAAGAACAGGAAUACCCUUCCAUCUUGCAAGAGUUUUCAAAAGAAGAUGAGAAGAAGAUUCUCAGAAGAAUCGAUUGGAGGCUCCUUCCAAUUACUGGAGCAAUCUACUGUGUGUCGUUGGUGGACAGAACUAAUUUGGGCAACGCUGCUAUUGCUGGUAUGACUCGAGAUCUCCAACUUAAUUUGGGAAUGCGGUAUUCUAUAGUGUCACUGCUCUUCUUCCCAACCGCAAUUAUCUUCGAGAUCCCAGUGACGAUCUUCAUCCGUUUUAUCGGACCUCGGGUAUUCUUCACGGUCAUUUGCAUGACUUGGGCUUUAACCAUGAUCGGGUUUGGCUUUGUGAACCACUGGCACCAAUUGGCCGGCGUCCGACUUGUUCUUGGAGCUCUCGAGGCCGGCUUCCUCCCCGGUUGUUUGUACUUCUUGAGCACGUGGUAUAAGAGGCACGAAUUGCACCAGAGAUAUGCUAUUUGGUUUCUCACCGCUUCAUGCUGUGGCUCAUUCGGCAAUAUCCUUGCCUAUGGUCUCAUGCAGAUGGAUGGACGGCACGGCCUGGCUGGGUGGCGAUGGAUCUUCAUAAUGGAAGGUGUUCUCACUGGAGUUGUCGCUAUCGCUGGCGGAAUACUUCUCGUAGGAUUUCCCAAGGUUGGCAAACGGGCUUGGGGAUUUCUCAACGAUAGGGAAAUCGAGUGGGUCAUCGCCCGUAUCAACGCAGACAGAGCAGAUGCCGAGGAGACCAAACCCUUCCACUUCCCUAGUUUCAUGGCCCACGGUCUCGAACUCAAGAUCUGGGGGUUUGCCAUGAUUUUCUUCAUGCUUUCAGUCGUCGGCUUCUCCUUUGCCUUCUUCCUCCCUCUUAUCCUUAGAGGUGGAAUGGGUUUCUCAAUGGCCGCCUCUCAAUGCCUGAUCACUCCUCCAUACAUCGCCGCCGCAAUCCUCAUGUAUACUGAAGGCAGACUGGGUGACAGAUAUAAAGUGCGAGCGCCAAUCUUGAUCACCAACGCCAUUCUUGCUCUCAUCGGACUUCCCAUCAUGGCUUUCGGGCCCAACAGCGGAGCCAAAUAUACCGGUGUCUUCUUUGUCGUCAUGGGUACCUUGGCCAACAUUCCCACUGCUAUGGUGUACCAAGCCAACAAUAUUCGAGGACAUUGGAAGCGAGUCUUCUGCAGCAUCACUUUCGUCGGUCUUGGAUCCGCUGGUGGUAUCGCAGGCAGCUUAGUAUUCCGAUCCCAAGAUGCCCCACACUAUCGACCCGGAAUCUAUGCCUGUAUUGCUUGCGAGGCAUUCGUUAUUCUCAUCACGAUGGCAAUGACGAUCAAGUUCCGACGAGACAACGCAAAACAGGCCGCAGGAACCAAGAUCAUUGAAAAUGAUAAGAAUUUUCGAUAUACAAUCUAG